AUGUCACAGCCCCCUCUUUGCCAAGUUCCCCGUUUUUCAAUUUGGGGAAAGGAGGAAAAGAUCCCUUAUGUAGGUACAAGGCGAUCCAUGAAUGAACGUGGAAAUCACGACAUAAACAAAUACUUGGGUCCCACGCAGCUCAUGGCAUUUUGCUAUUUUGAAUGCGAGAAAAGGCAAGCAGCUGGUCAGCCAGGCCUCACCCACGUACAGACUUGUUGGAAGGCUGCUAUAUCUCCUUCUGAUGACAUUGCCAGUAUGUCUUUACAACGGUUGUCCGGCAUGUUAUUAUUUAACCGUGCCGGACAAUCAUCGACUUCUAGAACGGGAGAUCGUAAAGUAGAAGGUAAAACAGUUGGUGAGUGA